UACAAUUUCUAACCUUUAAAAUGGCGUCAUUGAUUAGCCAGGUGACAAGACAGAGUGUAAGACUUGCUAAGACAGGUGUUCGAGCGCUCUCCACACCUUCCGCCUCACCAGAUACAAAUGCUUCUUUCAAGGGCUAUAACUUUGAGCUCACAGAUGAACAGAAAGAGUAUCAGCAGCUGGCCAGAAAGUUUGCAAGGGAGGUAAUCGUUCCUGUAGCACCACACCAUGACAAAACAGGAGAGUAUCCAUGGGAUGUUAUCAAGAAAGUAUGGGAAAUUGGUUUGAUCAACACACAUAUACCUCAAGACUGUGGUGGAUUGGGCAUGGGAAUAUUUGACUCAUGUUUAAUUACUGAGGAGUUGGCCUACGGUUGUACAGGAAUUCAGACAGCCAUAGAAGCAAAUUCACUUGGGCAAAUGCCUGUGAUCAUAGCGGGUACUGAACAACAGAGGAAAAAGUACCUAGGUAGAAUGAUGGAGGCUCCUCUCAUGUGUGCAUACUGUGUCACAGAACCAGGGGCGGGUUCUGAUGUAUCUGGCUUGAAGACAAGGGCAGAAAAGAAAGGAAAUGAAUGGGUAAUUAAUGGUUCAAAGAUGUGGAUCACAAAUGGAGGGGUUGCUGACUGGUAUUUUGUUCUAGCACGGUCUGACCCUGACCCAAAAGCUCCCUCCGGAAAAGCAUUCACAGGUUUUAUUGUGGAUGCCAACACUCCUGGUAUUACAAGAGGAAGAAAGGAAAUAAACAUGGGACAGAGAGCAUCAGAUACUAGAGGGAUUACAUUUGAAGAUGUUGUCGUCCCAGCAGAGAAUGUUCUAGGAUCAGAGGGUGUCGGUUUCAAGAUCGCUAUGGGAGCAUUUGACAAAACUAGGCCACCCGUAGCAGCAGGGGCUGUUGGACUUGCACAGAGAGCAAUGGAAGAGGCCAUGAAAUACUCUAUGGAGAGGAAAACAUUUGGAAAAUUCAUCUGUGAGCAUCAAGCAGUUUCAUUUAUCCUGGCUGAUAUGGCAGUUGGCAUUGAGUCUGCACGUCUGGCCACACAGAGGGCAGCUUGGGAGAUAGAUCAGGGACGUAGAAACACAUACUAUGCUUCGAUUGCUAAGUGCUUAGCUGGAGAUGUUGCUAAUAAAACUGCAACUGAUGCUGUUCAGAUAUUUGGAGGAAAUGGUUUCAACACAGAUUAUCCUGUUGAAAAAUUGAUGAGAGAUGCAAAAAUUUACCAGAUUUAUGAGGGCACAGCACAGAUUCAGCGGCUGAUUAUAUCGCGAGAAAUGUUGACCAAAGCUAAGCAACAGUGAAAAGCAAACCAGCCAUACUACAGCUAUAGUCUGUGAUUGACAUUUCAUUGAAUACAUUGGAGUAACAUGCACUUUGCACCAUUAUACCAUUAUUCUCAUAGUUGCCUAGUUACAUAAAACAUAUAAACAGUAUAUCACAUACUCAUAAUUAAUCUCUGUUAAGUUACAAUGGAACUUCAAACAACAAAAUUUUUCCAAGCUGACAUUCAAAUUUCAUAUUUGGUGCAUGACAUCUUUUGUCAAAUUUGUUGUGUAAGAAAGUUCAUUAAAUCUAAUAUUUUCAAUUUUACUCAGCCUAAAAAUUUAUAUGACAAAUGUAGAUAUGUAUGUAAUAAAAAGAUUACUGUAUUUACAUCAAGAAAUGUACGCUUGUUCUUUUGCAAAAUACGCUACAGAACUCUUAUAUAUUUCUUAGGUUUGUAAUAACCUGUAAUAAUUACAUGGUUUUCAGUGUGUUAUUUAUCAAAUAUUCCUUUCUAUGGUUUAUUGCCUGAUUUACUAUGGUUCAGAGUUCAGAUUUGCAAGUAUUGAACAACAAGGGUGUUAGCCCAAGGUGUUAAUUAAGUGUCUAACGAAAUCGGGCAAUGAACGGCAAGAAGGCCUUGACUGUUUUCAUUCUAAUAUUCUCAUUUAAAUGUUGUAAAAAAGAAGUUGCAUUAAUUUCAGAAUUAAUGAACUGGACAUCAUAAUUUUCUCUUACAAGUCCUCACGUUAGCUAAUGUUUGUUUAAGACUAUACAUGACUUGACCUUCUUUGUUUAACUGGCAGACAAAUCAAGACGGGUUCAGAAUUAAAUAUUAGAGUGAAAUAUAUAGAGGAUGUUUGUUUGUUUUCAGAAUGAUAUUGAAAUAUAUUGUCUAUGAAAAGGGAGGCAAUUCAAUAUUUCACAAAGUUACUAAGAAAUAUUUUAAGGUAAAAUGUUGUUUUGUUCAAUACUGCCUUACAAAGGUAAUCUAUCCUACUAUGAUCUUUAGCUCCACUAUUCAAAGAAUAGGGGAGCUAUCCUACUCGCCCCGGCGUAAGCGUUAGCUUAGCGUGGGCGUCACACAAAUGUUAAAGUUUGCGUACCACCCCAAAUAUUUUCAAAGUCCAUGGAGAUAUUGCUUUGAUAUUUUGCAUACUUGUUUACCAUCAAGACCCCAGUCUGUAAAAAGGAGAAGGCAACUCUAUCAAGCAUUUUGACUGAAUUAUGGCCCCUUUUCGACUUAGAAUAAAUGUUAAAGUUUGCGUACUACCCUAAAUAUUUUCAAAGUCCAUUGAGAUAUUGCUUUCAUAUUUUGCAUACUUGUUAACCAUCAUGACCCCAGUCUGUAAAAAGGAGGAUGCAACUCUAUCAAGCAUUUUGACUGAAUUAUGGUACCUUUUUGACUUAGAAUAUGCUUAUUGUAAUGUUAAAGUUUUACUCAUAGCUUAUAUUAUACUAUCAAGCACUGAGAAUAGUCGAGCGCGCUGUCAACUGACAGCUCUUGUUUGUGUAUAUAGAUUUAUUUUGAUAAAAAAAAAAGCAUAUACUAAUUAUAAAAACCUAAAAUAAUGUAAGAUAUAUAUUUAAUAUAAUAAUAUAUACUUCUGGUAUGUGUUCUGUUAUGAUGGAAUUUCAUAGUCAAAUAAAAUUUAGGUUCUACAGUUGACAUGUUUAUGUAGGAAACUGAAAUGUGAUUGUGAGUUUGGGGAAGGGGGUCCAUUCAGUACAUGGUGUGAAUUUCUAUAUGCUUGUGAUGGUUAAAGGAAUCCUUUCUUGCAUACUAGACAGGAGUUUCAGGUAAUUUCACCUGGAAGUAAGAUGAAUUUUGUCGUACAUGACAUGUAACAUACUACAUCUGGCUAUCAGAUUCCUGCACUUAUUAUUAUUAUGUAAAAAGGGAUAAAAUCAUAUAUUUUGGUAAUUCUUCUGUACCAUUUGAUAUAUUUACUGUUUAAAAAUAUUAUUGAACAAAAAAAUGAGUAACGUUUCACUUCAGAUGAUAAAUUGAAACUAGAA